GCCUUUUACCAGCCUCCAAAGUCCUCUUUGGAAAUGCCAAUUGGCACAAGAAAGUGCUGAACUGUUUACAGUCCCUGACUAAGGUUCAGGGAGGGGAUGUGGUUUAACUGGGCCACAAAGCCCAGUACAGGACUUAUUUGCAUGGCCCCUGACGCCAUGUGACGCAGCUGGCUCCUCCUAUAUAAAGAAGCAGGAGCCGAAAUUAUCUCUGAGUCUGGGUUGGACUGGCGGCUGUGGAGUUGUGACAUACUAGGUGACACCCCUGGAGCCACUUCCUUUCAACUCCAGCUUGAAAGUGCCUGCCUGGCUCAGGGUCUGCACUGCAGCCUACUCCUAGCUCCAGGGCUUGACUGCGGCGUCAGAGCCUAUCCUGUAGCAGCGCGCCAGCAGCCACUCAAACCAACCACAGCUCCCCGGCAACCCGAAUCAUGAACACCGAAAUGUAUCAGACGCCCAUGGAGGUGGCGGUCUAUCAACUGCACAAUUUCUCCAUCUCCUUCUUCUCUUCUCUGCUUGGAGGGGAUGUGGUUUCCGUUAAACUGGAUAACAGGUAACCACUGGCCUUAACUCGCGCGCUGAAGUGAGCCAGGGAGCCUGCGGGAGCUGGGCUCAGAGGUGGAUCUCAGAGCUAGCUAGCUGGUCCCUGUUCCCCGCGGUGUAGCAUCCUGGGAAGGGGCGGGGGUAGGGGACGCAGGAAGGGGGGUCACCUCCGCGCCGGGAUCCGCCGGCGGAGCGUCCCUGCGGCUGCUGCGUGGUGAAAAACAGUAGCUGCACCCGGGAAGGCAGAGGGCCGCUGAGCUAGUCAAGGCUGGGGCAGGAAGAAGGCCAGAAGCUUCUGAAUUGAGAAGGAAUUCCUAGCUAGGUUCGGAGUUCGUGCCUCUGGAGCCAGCGUGGUGGCCCUAGACAACAAGAUUGAGCAGGCCAUGGAUCUAGUGAAGAAUCAUUUGAUGUAUGCUGUGAGAGAGGAGGUGGAGGUCCUAAAGGAGCAGAUUCGUGAGCUGGUUGAGAAGAACUCGCAGCUGGAGCGUGAGAAUACCCUCCUGAAGACGCUGGCGAGCCCAGAGCAGCUGGAGAAGUUCCAGUCCCGGCUGAGCCCCGAAGAGCCAGCUCCUGAAGCCCCAGAAACCCCAGAAGCCCCUGGCGGUUCUGCGGUGUAAGUGGCUCUGUCCUUAGGGUGGGCAGAGCCACAACUUGUUCUACCUAGUUCUUUCCAGUUUGUUUUUUGGCUCCCCAAGCGUCAUCUCAUGUGGAGAACUUUACACCUAACAUAGCUGGUGCCAAGAGAUGUCCCAAGGACAUGCCCAUCUGGGUCCACUCCAGUGACAGACCCCUGACAAAGAGCAGGUUUGGAGACUGAGUUGCACGGGGCCUAGUAACCCCAAGCCAGUGAGCUUGUCGUGCCACCGGGCCCUGGGGGCUCCCAGGGUCUGGGCAACUUAGUUCCAGCUGGCCAAGGAGAAAGUAGUUUUGAGAUGGAAUGCCAAUAUGCUCCAGAAAGUAUAAGGGGUCUGUUUUCAUUUCCAUGGACAUCUUCCACAGCUUCACCUGACAACGACUGUUCCUAUGAAGAAGCCACUUGUGUUUUAAGCAGAAGCAACCUCUCUCUUCUCCUCUGUCUUCCAGACGGGGACAGAGAUGGGAGAGAUUGAGCCAAAUCAGCCUUCUGUUGGUUAAUAUUGUAUAAUGCAUGGCUUUGUGCACAGCCCAGUGUGGGAUUACAGCUUUGGGAUGACUGCUUAUAAAGUUCUGUUUGGUUAGUAUUGGCAUAGUUUUUCUAUAUAGCCAUAAAUGCGUAUAUAUAUAUACCCAUAGGGCUAGAACUAUAUAUUAGUGUAGUGAUGUAUACAUAUACACAUACACAUACAUGUUGAAGGGCCUAACCAGCUUUGGGAGUACUGACUGGUCUCUUAUCUCUUAAAGCUAAGUUUUUGACUGUGCUAAUUUACCAAAUUGAUCCAGUUUGUCCUUUAGAUUAAAUAAGACUCGAGAUAUAAGGGAGGGAGAGGGAGACCAGCCUCACCAUGCGGCCACAGAUGCCUUGCUGCUGCAGCCCUCCCCAAUCUGUCCACUGAAGACAUGAAGUCCUUUUGAAUGCCAAACCCACCAUUCAUUGGUGCUGACUACAUAGAAUGGGGUUGAGAGAAGAUCAGUUUGGACUUCACAUUUUUGUUUAAGCUUUAGGUCGUUUUUUUUUUUGUUUUGUUUUCGUUUGUUUUUGUUUGUUUUUUCUUUUCUUUUUUUUUUAAGUUCUUGUGGGAAACUUUGGGAUUAGUCAAAGGAUGGAGUCCUGUGGUAGACAAGAAGAGUAAAUAGUUUUGAUCCCUUCGGGGCCUGGAAAAUGCACCCAGGAAGCUUGUGAAAGAAGGUUCUGUGACAGUGAACACUUUCCACUUUCUGACACCUUAUCCUGCUGUAUGUCUCCAGGAUUUGGAUUUUGAUUUUUCAGAUGUAGCUUGAAAUUUCAAUAAACUUUGCUCUUUUUUUCAAAAAA